AUGGCGAUCCGGAGACGUGGUCUCUGGAGCCUCACUCAGCGCCAUAUCGACGGUGCGCGAGCCGAGAAUUUCUGGGCAGAUGACGUCGUGUUUGCAAUGUACGCGUCCAGCGACCAUUUCCGGGAGGCCCGUCGCAGCGUGCGUGACCUUCGCCAGAAAUUCCCGAACAAUCGAAUCAUCUUCUACAAUAUGGGGCUGACAAAACAGGAGGAGGAUGAAGUGUCACGAGUCUGCAACCUGACCAUCCGUCGCUUCGACUUCUCCAGUUAUCCCUCAUACGCAUCGGAUCUCUAUAAUUACGCGUUCAAGAUGUUCAUCAUGGCUGAAAUGAUGGCUGAUGGACGCCCGUUUUGGAUGGUCGACACGUCAGUGACCUUCAAGACUGUGGAAUGUGUGAGGACGUUCUAUGAUGAAGUGAACAAUGGCACGGCGCCCGACUACUUGAUGCAGGGCUCCACUGGAUUCAUGAACAUUGACUUCACCGAUCCGGCCAUGUUCAAAUAUCUUCCGAAUCCGCCGAAGCUGGCCGCUCAGAAACAAAAUGGAGCCGCGCACGUUUUCAUGCGCCCGAGUCGAACGACAAAGCUGGCAGCCAAAUGGCUACUGCUGUGCGCGCUAACAAAGGAUUGCAUCGCGUCACCGACCGCUACUCGUUACUGCAAGCGGGAAAACCGGCAAAGGGGCUGCCAUCGGUACGACCAAAGUGCUCAGAACGCUGUUCGAUAUGCCGUGCUGCGGGACCCGGCGUUGAUUUUUUACCCGAGUAUCUGCGGCCCGAAA